AUGCGUUCGAUGUGGUUCCCGUGGUUCAUGCCCGAGGACAGCACCGUUCACGACAACGGCAAGGCGGUGACACUCGAGUCGAGAUCCGCCUCCGAAAAAAAAAAUAACGAUCGUCAGGACACCCGUUUGGCGAGGGCCGAAGGAUCAGGAAAAUCGUCGUGUCCGCGAGUCGUCGCGGGGUUACGAGAUCGAAGAAAUCGGCGGCUCCGCGUCUGGAAGACGAAGUCUGCGUCAACCAGCAAGAUUACCGGCCGCGGCGGUUGCGCCAAAUACUGUGGUACAGCUCCUUCACCCGGCAACAUUUCAUUCUCCAGCUUUCGGCAGUCCUUCACCUCAAAUGUUAACUACCUGAAACGGAGGUUCUCGUCAGGGGAUUUGAGCUCGGAGAUCGACGAUGAACCAAACGCAGACCCCGGGCUGGCCCCCGUGGCCAGGGAUUCGACCCAACCGUAUCAAACGGCGUCGGAACGGCCGCUGCAGUCGCAGCCGACUACUGUACCACCAGCCAGUCAGCCACCGGUGCCUGGAGCACCGCCAUCUGUACCACCGCAACCCGUCGGCGGCGAUCUGAGCCUCAACCUGAGGCCCGGAUCCAGAACCACCAGCGCUCCGUCUUCGCCGGCGAAGACCCGCGAAAGUUUGCUCCAAAGGGUUCAGAGCUUGACCGGCGCUGCACGUGACCAGGGUGCAUCGAUUCUGGGCGCAGCUGUGUCCGGGGCAACGAGAGGCCCGUCAUACAACAAGGACCGAUGUUUCACUCUUCUGGUGAUCGACGAUCAGAACACCGAUUGGAGCAAGUACUUCCGUGGCCGUAGACUCCACGGCGAUUACGAGAUCCGCGUGGAACAGGCGGAGUUUCGUGAAUUAUCGUUAACAGCGAGCGAGGCUGGCACUAUGGUGUCCAUGGCGGUUUAUCGUAACGGGACGAAAGUUAUCAGAUCCUUCAAGCCGGAUUUCGUUCUGAUACGACAGAACUUAAGGGACGCGGGAGAGGACUAUAAGAAUCUUCUUCUCGGAUUGAUGUACGGAGGAGUCCCCAGUAUUAACAACCUCACUGCGAUUUACAACUUCCAGGACAAGCCUUGGGUGUUUGCGCAUCUGCUGGGUCUUCAACGUCGUCUGGGAAAGGACAACUUCCCCCUGAUCGAGCAGACAUACUACCCGAAUCAUCGCGAAAUGGUAAGCGCAUCUCGUUAUCCGGUCGUGAUGAAACUUGGACACGCCCACGGCGGAGUGGGAAAAGCUCGCGCGGAGUCGAAUCAGGAGUUUCUGGAUCUCGCCUCGUUGGCCGCUCUGGCGAACACCUACUCCACCUCGGAGCCGUACGUCGACACUAAGUACGACGUGCACGUGCAGAAAAUAGGCAAUAACUACAAGGCGUUCAUGCGGAAGAGCAUAAGCGGAAACUGGAAGUCCAACACGGGUUCGGCGAUGUUGGAGCAAUUAGCUGUGAGCGAAAGACAUCGCACCUGGGUCGAUCAUGUGGCCCAGUUGUUCGGCGGAUUGGAUAUUUGCGCGAUCGAGUUGCUGGUUGGGAAGGAUGGUCGAGAAUACAUAAUCGAAGUGAACGAUAGCGCCCUGUCGUUAAUGGGGGACUCGCAAGAGGAAGAUCGUCGUCAUAUCGCGGAUCUUGUUAACGCGAAGAUGCAGGCAUUCUGCCGACCUCCGAGUGUAAUGACAAAAACAACGUCCAGAGGAUCAAUGUCGGGCUCUAGUCAGGCGACAAGUCCCGUAGAAGAUCGCACAGCACCACCAACUGCUCCAUUAGGAUCACACGGAAGUAUGGGCUCCAUGGCGAGCAUAGGAAGCGUAGGUUCCUUGGGGUCUACAACUGCAAUGGCGGGCGACGUUACUACUACCGACAGUCAUCAUCAACCGUUGCAACGUCGUGACUCUCAAGCGUCCCAGUCGAGUACAGUGAGCAGCGCUCCUUCCGUUGGUCGACGACCAGAAGAUCUUCCGCCAUCCAGAGUACCUUUCCACCGGCAGGGCAGUCAGUCCCAGAACGAAGACACCGAAGACACCAUGAAGAAUCUUCGGAAGACAUUCGCUGGAAUUUUCGGCGACAUGUAA